CAGUUGUGAGUUUGUUACAGUUAAAUUCUCUUUCCUUUGUUAUGCAUGGCUUUUCUUCCGCUAACUUUCUUUUGUUUUCAAAUUUUGUUUAGCAACAAAGAAAGUGUUUUGUUUUCGAUUCUUGUUUAGAAACAUUGAUGCUGUAGUUAUCUUCUUUUAGUUUUCUUUCAAAAGAAAAAAAAAAAAAAAAGAGUAGUUUGGCGAUGUUCGGAGUAAUAUUCGAGCUUAUUCUUGAAUUUUCUUCUGCGUCUGGUUUCUGCUGCGGCUUCUUUAGCUAUGUUUGAUUGGAACGACGAAGAGCUUACAAAUAUAAUAUGGGGUGAGGCUGGGAAGGGUGAUGACCAUAUUGUCCCAUAUCAAGAGGGAAUUAAAGAUUACUGCAACAAGAAGGAAUUGAGUCAAGAAGCUACAACCAUUAUGUCUUUGGAGAGUAAGUCGCCAAGGGCUAAAAUUGAUUUUCAUGGAAGAAAGUUGGAGAGCAGUUCCAAUUUUAUCUCAAAUGAAAGAAUAUCUGCCUCAGGAUCCAGCUUGGGCUCAUGGUCUGAUUUAUCUUUAUCUAAUACUGCCAAAACAGAUGUGGAUCCCAUCGGUAGAGAAGUUUCUGAUAGGAUAGAUAAAAUUACCAAAAAUAAUUCAACAACUGGUGCAGUGAAACCCGAACUUGAUAAAGAUCCUGAAAUUUUCCAAAAUACCCAUGAAGAUAAAGACCAAGGGGAUUUUGACUACAGCUGGGCUAACAUUGGAAGCUUUGAUGAUCUUGACCAAAUUUUCAGCAAUGAUGACCCAAUAUUUAGCCGUGUAAAUCUGGGUAGUGCUGAUGAGCUAUGGUCUUCUACAAAAGAUGUAACUGACAGCCCAGCAAAAUCUUUUCCCCUAGUGGCAGACUCUCCAAGUUUGGAGUUAGAAGCACUGAAGAAUUCAUCUGACCUGGUGGAAGUUAAAUCAGAAUUUGAGCCAGAAGAGGAUCAGUCAUUGACCCUUAGCCGUGGAAAAUUGAGUAAUCCUAUUCAAAGUCUGCAGAGUGCCCAUGCAAUCCUGGAUCAUGUAAAAUAUCCUAGAAGUAAAAGUAAGCCCAAAGUGAAGGAUCAGAGUGAUUUGGAUAUUGGGAAUAAUGCCAAUGCAUUGAACUCUCGCGUAGUUUCUGAAAAUGUUUGGACUCUAGAUGACUUUGCAAGCAAGACCAGAAAAAUACUGUUUGAUUUCAUGUUGACAUUUGCUUAUUCACUGAAACUUGUAAAAGAGUUACCUCUGGAAUUGCAUGAACAUUCAGUUUUUUCUUCCUUGAAAUCUGAACAUCAGAUGACUUGCUUCAACUUUAUAUCAUUUUAUUUUCCUGAAUCUUUACAGGGAUACAGGCAAAAAAUUCUGUUGAAAGGUCGGGAAAAGUCAGAAGAAAAAAGAGAGCUAUUGCAAGAUUUCUAUGGUACCUGGUCUCCCACUGGUAACCCAAUGGGUAAGUAUGAGAACCAAUUGGCUCAGACAAUGCUACAGUCUUCCCCAUCACUGGUCCUUAGUCAGCCAAGGCAGCUUCAAAAAUUUGAGACUCUGCAGUACCAUCAAAUCCCCAAUUCAUUAGUGACUUCUACGUAUGGGAACAUUACAAAGCCAUAUCCUGCCAUGCCUGUGCUGCCACACAUUCAAUAUGGGAAACUUACACACCAACCCUUUCUUUCUUGUAAUGAAGUUUUUCCAGGUAAGGCACAAUUAGUUAAUAAGUCAGCAACUGCUCCAGCAAAUACUCUGGCUAUGACACCACAAGAAAAAAUUGAAAAGUUAAGGAGGCGGCAACAAAUGCAGGCUAUGCUUGCCAUUCAGAAACAACAGCAACAGUUCAGUCAUCAAGUUUCCUCUAUAGAUCAUUCCAUCUCUCAAAAGUUCCAAGAAAACCAAUUCCAACAUGUUGAGGGAGCAGACUUUGAAGUUGAAGAUCUAAGUGCUCUUUCUUCUUUUGACCCAAAUUCACCUAUAGAGCAAGAUGACUCCAAUACAAUCAAUUUGGCAUUAGAUAAUUAUUCGGUGGGGGAAACAGUGCUUUACCGCCUUCAGGAUGUUAUUUCCAAGUUGGAUGUCAGAAUAAGACUUUGUAUACGGGAUAGCUUGUUUCGGCUGGCACAAAGUGCGAUGCAGAGGCAUUAUGCUAGUGAUACAAGUAGUACCAACAAAAGUAGCAUGGAAGAACCUGAAGUUGUUGCAAAAGCAGAAACUAAUAGCUCUAUCAGGUAUCUUAGAAUGCCUGAUGCAGAAACAGAAACCAAUCCCAUCGACCGGGCUGUGGCCAUUUUGCUCUUUCAUAGGCCAUUGGAGCAAUUAGGAAAACAUUAUGAGACUCCUAAAUCACCUAAAUUCUCCAUUGAUCAUGGAACAAUGAAUUUAAUGAACUUGCCAAUGGGAAGUAAGCCAGAGGUUUCUAAUGUUACACAAAAAUUUUCUCCCCAAGGAUCCAAAGAGCCUGGUCCCAUGCUUGAACCCCAGCCUAUUGAUCAGUUUAAAACCAGUCCUUGCCUCGACACUUCAGAAAAUGCAUCAUACUAUGAACCUGCAGACAGGGGAGGUGCUGUGGUUGAAGCCUCUUAGUGAAGAGCAUAUAAUCACAAAUUCUUUACGGGUAACUUCUUUCUUUAUUACUUCCAUGCCAAUAGUUAUCUGUUCAAUUUUAUACACCUUUAUGUCCAUACGGAUUUACUGGUAAUGCCAAGGUUUCCCUUUUUUGUCAGCCAACUGGAUCUCAUCAAGUAUGGUGUUGGAGUCUUAGAAGUUUGCGUACGCAUGUUUCAAUUAAAGUUAAUACAACUAAGCAUUUCAAUCUGUAUCAGUAUCACCGUACUGAAGGUGUUGUGUGAUUUGGUAUACUCUUUUGUUUGAAGGACUCUGUCGAGUUAAAUAAGUGUUGGUGGAUUGAUAUGCCAAUAUCUUCAAACUGUUUUCAUUACUUUCUUAAUUCUUAGAAACAAAAAAUUUGUUGAAGCGCAUUGUUAAAUAGAUGAGUAGCGUGGUACAUUAUUUUCAGAAUAAAAAUGUCAUCC